GAAUCUCUGCUCUUGCUUAUUUUUCAGAUUUUACUGAGAUGAUGAGGGCACUGGGGUAUCCCCGACUCAUAUCUAUGGAGAAUUUCCAUAGCCCAAACUUUAUGCUUGUUUCCGAAGUGCUCCUCUGGCUGGUGAAAAGGUAUGAACCUCAGACUGACAUUCCUCCUGAUGUGGAGACAGAACAGGACCGGGUUUUCUUCAUUAAGGCAGUGGCUCAGUUUAUGGCAACCAAAGCUCACAUAAAGCUCAACACAAAGAAGCUUUACCAGGCAGAUGGCUAUGCAGUGAAGGAACUGCUGAAGGUCACCUCUGUGCUUUAUGGUGCUACGAAUACCAAGGGAGUGGAACGUGCGGCCGUGAGUGAGGAGGACAGCAGCAAGUUCAAGUUUGAUCUUGGCUCCAAAAUUGCUGACUUGAAGGCAGCUAGACAGCUUGCUUCCGAAAUCACCUCCAAAGGAGCAAGUCUGUAUGACUUACUUGGCAAAGAAGUUGAACUGAGG